AUGGAGGUUGGACAGGUCGUGGAGCAGUGCCAGUCCCUUGCCGAUGGCAUAUGGGCAGCAGCAGCUUCUGUCAAGACCUACGAAUCUGCUUGCAAGACACUUGCCAGGUUUUCCUUCAGGAUUGUUGCUGUGUUGAAGCUGCACUUGGGAUUCGUGCACCUGUGGGAUCACGGCACCAAAGCUGCGGUCGCUCGCCUACAGGCCUUCCUAAGAAUGGGCCUGCAGCUGGUUGAGGACUGCCAUCGAACAAAGCACAUGAUGAACCUGCUGUGUUCUGAUACAACAGUGGAGAAGUUCAAAGCGUGGGCAGAGGCAAUGCAUGGUGCAUUGGGGGAAUUGAAAACGUGGGGGAGGGAGGAAGAAGUGGGGGACGAUCAGGUGCGACAAGAGCUGAGAAAGGACAUCCAAAACUUGCAGGCUCAGAUUAGUGGCGACGUGUUCUUCCACGGUGAAUCGGAGUGGCGAGAGGGCUUUUCUGAGCAACUAGUGGCAGCGCUGGAUGCAGGCUUGGAGGCACCGUCCAUGAAGGCGAUCAGCGACCUGAUGGAAACCGUUGUGACAAGAGCUGGCAGGCAGAUUCAAGCACUGGACAUUGCCGACCUCCAGAAGGCCCUCCGGAACCCUGAAACGCUGGCGGGCAGCCCCUUCACCAAGGACCACGUUUACGUCAUGCUUCUGUCCAUCCUGCGGCACGGAACCCAGGCCACGAGCCUGGACGGCAUCGUUGACGUGCCCUCCUGCUUCCGCUGCCCAAUCAGCAUGGACCUCAUGAGGGAACCCGUGAUGCUGAUCGAGACUGGUCAGGUGUACGACAGGGCGAUGAUCGAGGCAUGGUUCGAGGGCGGCCACGACACGUGUCCUGUCACUCAAAAACGGGUCUACCAUCGCAGAUUGAAGACUGUGCACAGCUUGAAGAGUGACAUCCACGAGUUCGCCACGCGGUACAGCGUGACACUGGACAAGCAGGUGUGGUGA